AAUAAUGUUGCAAACAAAACGUCCGGCUAAAACCCUCGGAGACGUCUAUCAUUUCCAGGUCUUUCUUCUUCAUUUUCAUCCAACUUCCCAAGCAUUCAGAACCAAACCCUAGAUUUGAUUUCCCCCGAUGGAGUUCUCUGCCGCUGAUUUCGAUAGGCUUAUGAUGGUGGACCUCGCUCGAAACGCUUGCGAGGAACAGUACAAGAAGGAUCCUCUCGAUUCUGAGAAUUUGCUAAAGUGGGGUGGAGCAUUGCUUGAACUUUCCCAGUUCCAGAGUGUUGCUGAUGCGAAGCUCAUGUUAGAUGAUGCUCUUUCCAAGUUCGAAGAGGUAUUAACAAUAAACCCAGGGAAGCAUCAGGCUCUUUGGUGUCUUGGCAACGCCUACUCUUCCCAAGCGUUUCUUAAUCCGGAUUCCGAUGUAGCCCAAGGUCUCUUUGAUAAAGCUGCUGAUUAUUUCGAGAGAGCUGAAAAUAUGGAUCCAGGUAAUGAGAUGUAUCUCAAGUCCAUGGAAGUUGCAACAGAGGGGCCGAAACUGCAUAAGGAGAUACAUAAACAUGGUGGAAUGAUGCAGCAGGCACUAGCUGGUGGAGGAGGUGGAGGAGGAGGAGGAGGAGGUCCCUCAGCUUCUUCAAAUGCUGGCGGUGGUAAGAAGAACAAUAAGAUGAAGAACAAUGACUUCACAUACGAUGUAUGCGGUUGGAUAAUUCUCGCCUUUGGGAUUGUUGCUUGGGUUGGCAUGGCUAAGUCACUUGGCCCUCCACCUCCUGCUCGAUAAAGCCCAAGUAAUGAAACGCCAUUCCUUGGGGGACAAUAAUGCUGCCUGCUAGUUCGAUUUCUCAAACAUACCGGUUCUAAAGUUGAAGAGAGAUUUCAACGUUUGUGGUGGCUAUAUGGUUUUGUUUCCCGACAAGAUCGUGUCAAAUUGUUUUGUUUACUUAAUUACGUUAGGAUGUUUGUUUCUUCAUCUAUAUUGGGUAAGAGAAGAGAGAGUAACAAUGUUUUUGGUUUCGUGGUACGAACACAAUGUGUACACGACGAUUUCUUCUUUUGAAUUUCUUAUUUACA